AUGGAAAGUAACGCCUUUGGAAGCAGUCACAUACCGUCACAAGCAUUGGUCGUAUUAUCGGAGGCUGCUUCCGGUUUGCAUGAGGCACUAAGAGGACAACGUCCAUUUCCCACACGGUUACCUGACGCCAAAGAUCUCCACAACAUGUCACUAGUCGGCAGUUAUGGCUCCCACUUGCUGCACAGCUUCCAUCCACAUCUCCUGCAGACCCUCAAUCACAAUAUGCUGGCGGCAAAUGGUUCAGCGGCGGCGGCCAGUUAUUUUGCCAGUGAACGAGCCGCACUGGGCAAGCCGUCGGUUUUGGGUAAUUUUCAAUUGCCAUCGGCAUUUUCACCGCCCAAAUACAUUGGCAUUUCAUUGGAUCAGAAUCUUUUUAAUGGCAAUGAUUCUUUUCGCACCGAUUCCGCCAGCCCCACAUGUACAUCCCACGAAUCUUUGGAGGGCUCAACUGAUUACGAUGCUGAAAAGGGUGAAAGUCCACGCAGCAAUGCCUCGGAUCCCAGGGAUUUAAGGCAUGCCCAUCGCAGUGACAAACCCUCAACAUCAUGUGCCUCUUCAAUGGCCGCUGUAUCAGCAGCAGCCGCCGCAGCUGUGGCCUCUAUUGCCUCGUCACAGGCGGCAGCGGCCGCUUCAUCGGCCACAGUAUCAUCCCACAUGGCCGCCCACCAUGCUCAUCAUCCCCAUGCUCCACCACAUCAUGUACCGCAUCAUUUACCCCCACUCAGUGCUCAUCAUCAUCACCAUCAUCCGAAUAGUAGUUUGUUGGCAGCGGCUAGCAUGAGCCAUAGUUUGGGUUUAGGUGGUCCGCCCGGAUUAAGGCCACCACCAGGCCAUAUACCAGAUAUGUGUCCCGUUUGUGGCAUUAAACUAUCGGCGGAUGAAUGGAAUUCACAUUUUCUAACAGAAUUGGAUCGUUUGUAUAAGCUGAGUUCUGGCAUGGAGAGAACGAAUUUACAGGCCACUUAUAUGUUUGCACAACCCUGCCCCUCACAAGAGAAUGCCAUUCGGACAAGUCAUAAUCGUUGGGAGACCUUCCAAAGAAUCCGCAACAAUCGUCAAAAUCGCUUACGCAUCAAAGUACGUAAGCGUAAAUAUGGCGAUAUGUAUUUCAUGGAGAAUAUGUUCUGUAACUCCUGUCCGAUUUGCAAACGGAAAUAUGCCCUGGAGACAGGUGGCAAACUUCCCGAAGACGAGAAUAAACAGCAAGACGAAAUUGAAACUGUCGAUGUGGAGUCGUGCAAUGACGAUGUACCUGAUUCAAAUUCCGAAUUGUCGUCACAGGUACAUCAUGCCCAUAUGCCAGCACUUAGUGGGAGUAGCAGCCAUAGUAGUAGCCAUAGCAGUUCAAAUGGUGGAAGUGGUGCCACAACUCCUGGUGGAGCAAAUUUACACAAUAGCAACAGUCAACCGGGAAAAUUGGAUGGCAUUUUGUAUAGGACUGCCAAUUGUACCAUAAGUAAGGAUAGUAUGCAUCAUCAGACGACGGAAGAGGAUAUUAGCACAAAUGUGGCCACAACUACCACAACCAGUGGUAGUAACAGCAGUAAUAGCAGCAGUGCUGGUAGUACCACAAACUGGACGGAUGCUCAUAAUCCGAAUAACAAUAGCCAUACAAAUGUUAGCCAAGGUCAUAUAUCAGUUAAAAAUGUUAGCGAACUGUCUUCGACCACCCAUCAUUACUACAAUGCCGACUCGUGUAAUGAGGAACGUACUGCCAAGGAUAUGUCCAUGGAUACAUGUAAUAACGACAGCGAUGAGGAUGUCAUUGUGGAUGAUGAUGAUUCCAUUAAAAUGGCCAGCUAUAAUAAGAAACGGAAAUAUGACGAGGCCAUGGUGGGCAGUAGCCGAAUUUCAAAUAACCCCUCACCCGUUGAAGAGCGGCCACGUUCAGAACCCCAGGUCACAAGUACCGAAACAACAUUGGAGAAUUCCCAUAACAAUAACAACAACACUACAAAAUACACUGCAUUUGAAGAUUUGAGAAAUAAACAGCACCUUUCACACCACCAGCAGCAGCAACAACAACAACAGUUACAUCAAAUGUCUCACCAUCAACUGGAAAGAGACUCACCCAAUGGACAUCAUGGCCAUGGACAAGUGCCACCACCGCCAUCAUCCCAUCCUGGUCUCAUACCACCAGGACUCACACAACAACAAUUGGACUCAAAGGUGGGAAAUAGUUCGGAUAUUAAACCCGACAAUGAUGAUGAUAACAAAUGUUUCAUUUGUAAGACAGGUAUAAAGGACUUUGCCACGGAUACAUUGUUAAGAGGACGUAAUUUUUAUUUCCAUCAAAGUUGUGCCAAUGUUAUGAGCAGUUAUCGUUUGAAUAAGGAAAUUCAACAGCAGCAGCAGCUGCAACAACAACAACACCAUCAACAACAGCAACAAACCGAAAUUGGUAGCACUGAGAAGCAAGCAACAACAUCAUGCCAGCAGCAAGCAACAUCACAGCAACAUGUUGACAAUAGUGUAGCAACAAGCAAGGAAAGUUAA